GACUGUGGAUACUUGCUGUACCUCCUCGCCGCCCUUCUCGCGCAAUGCUUCCCCGGUCGGCCUCGGCUUCACCCAGCCUGAGAUCGUUGCCACACUGGAGAUGGCCGCGUUGCCAGUUCUGCUUGGCCUUGGCACCUGGCUGACUCCUCAUGAUCUCGCCAACUUC